UAUACAAACUGUAUAUUCUGUCCCCCUACACUAUCCCUAAACCUACCCAUCACAGGAAACUGUCUGCAUUUUUUUUUAAUUUAAAAAAAAACACACUUUAGUUUGUUUUUUAAGCCAUUUGGUUUACGAGGACACAUGAAGUGUCCUCAUAAACCUUGUACACAAGAACACACACACACUCACAUACACAUCAGAGAGAUUAAAGUUGGCACGAAGAGCAAAUUCACUCUCUUUCGCUCUCUUUUAUAAAUGCAUCUUAUUGUGCACGUUUCAUUAAUCCAAAUAUCAUAAGUGGAUCUUCCAGUUAAAUUGCAGACUCUUUGGCCACAUUUACACUGCAGGUCUUGAUGCUCAAUUACGAUUUGUAAUCGUAUUUUUUUUUUUUUGACAACCAGCUUACAUCGUCUUUUAAAAGUGACCCAUAUCCAAAAUCUCCAUUUACACUAUACAAAACAACCCAAGGUAGACGUACUGAAAAAAAAAAGCUUAGGCCAAAAAGGAAGUAAAAAAACUGCAUGAUUUGCAGUAGACACAGACAAGAUGAUAAAACAAGCUUCUACUUUCCACACCAUCUUUAAAGGUCAGAAAACAUUAAAAUUUCCUGAUAAUUUACUCACCCACAUGUCAUCCCAGAUGUUCAUGUCUUUCUUUCUUCAGUUGAAAAGAAAUUAAGGUUUUUGAGGAAAACAUUCCAGGAUUUUCUCCAUAUAGUGGACUUCAAUGGGGUUCAAUGGGUUGAAGGUCCAAAUGUCAGUUUCAGUGCAGCUUCAAAGGGCUCUACACGAUCCCAGACGAGGAAAAAGGGUCUUAUCUAGCGAAACGAUCUUCUAAAAAAAAAAAAAAAAAAAAAAAAAUUAUAUACUUGUUAACCACAAAAUUUCCUCUGCGAUGUGCCACGCAUGACAUGAUCAUUUUGGAAAGGUCACACGUGACGUAGCCGGUGAAGUGGGAGAAGAUUAGAGUAAAUGUUAUAGUUACCUACACAAUGUGUAUCUGAUAUGAAUAAAGCACCUUGUCAAUUUAUAAUUGAAUGGAUUGUUAUUGCCGCUUCCAUAGACAUCAUUGUGUAUUUUACAAACUCUAAAUGUAUUGUUUUACUAGUAAUUAUGUGUGUUUAAAUGUCUGAAACCUAAAAUAAACCUCAUGUGGUUGAAAUCACUGAAUAGUGGUCAUAUAUCUCAAGUGCUGAGAGCGUGCGUCUCUGGUUCAGCGCCAGCAAACUCGCUAAAGCACAUUUAAUUUUUAGCAGUUGAUCACGUGAUGCACUGAACGUUCUAAUCACACCGGUGUCAUCGUACACAGGGUUAAAACUUCUUGUCAAGACAACUAUAGAAUGAUUAGCAUUUAGCAAUGGAGCAGCUACAAUCCUUGUUUUUUCAUUGCCAUGUUUGAUUUUCAAAAAUAACGUCAUGGCAUGAACAUUGUUUGAAAUGAAAAGUGUAGAUAACAAUGAAAACAUUGGUGCUGUCCUGUUCCGGUCUCCAUAGGAACACAUUGUUAAAAUGUGGUCAAAAGAGCGACUGAAUUAAUUAAACAGAAACUUUCUGAACGUUACUUCGUCAGUACCAUCAGUGUCGACUCCGGUUUGAACAAUGUAAGGCUGAACACCGUUACUGACAAUCCUCAUUUUGGCUGCGUGAGAUAGUGCACUUUAUUAGGGAAGUAAAGAGGGUUGAUCUGGAUUUGAAGAAUGAGUGUGUGCGUGUGUGUGUCUGUCUCUUUUAUGACAGUCUGUUUGAUCUCUCUCAGCGUGUGUGUCGGCAGGAUGUGUGUGUAGGUGUGUGACAGGAAAGGCGAGGCGUGUUGUGUUUUGAGGGGUCGCGUGCCUCGCGGUCAGUAGGUCGCCACAGAAACAGGAUGUGUACCUGAAGACAGAUAUUUCCACGGAAACGGUAAGCGUAGCGCAUCCACACGCGCUGGCGGGAAACGGAUCCCGAGGGUCGUGAGGUCAGAGUGAUGCGUGGAACGUUCCAGACGCCCAAAUCAUCCAAAAACACUCACAUUGUUAACCAAGAGAGAGAGAGUUAUGAGUGGUGUUUUCUAAGGCCACUUCAAAUUCUAGUAAGCCCCUAGCAACACCCUAGCAACCCCUCACAACAGUAACCAUCCUUAAAAUCAUUACAACUGCCUAGCAGCGCUCUAGCACUGGGCACACAUCAUGUCAGUAAACACUCCUUUAAUGUGUUUCCUGAUGGAUUUCUGCUCUGAUUUUCUCCUCCAUAUGUUCUUGUUCAUUGAGAAGGGAGUUGUGUUUCUCUUGGGUGUGUUUGUGCAUUCCAGCCGAGGUUAUCCAGUGAAACACACACACACAUCCAGUGGGCAACAUCUCUGAGCCAUUACGACACACUCGACCAGCUCAGUGUCAGUCUGAACACACACACUCACACACACACACGUGACCUUUGAGGCUGGAUUAGUGAGAUCAACAGGUUUUAGUAAGAAUAUUUGUACCUUGUGAUGUGAUUUUAGGCUUCACUGACAGCGAAGCAAGUACACACUGAUCUCGGCGCUCUGCUUAGUUUCUUUGCUCUGUGAAAUAUCACUGAUUUCAUCCCUUUUGCCAUCUUUGAAAUAUUCCUCUCUUUCCUCACUCCAGCAUUUUCAAACAGAACGACAGUGAGGGAGUGUGUGUGUGUGUGUGUGUGUGUGUGUGUGUCUCGCCCUGAUCUUUAACUCUCAGACGAGCACAAGCAGCCAAAGUAAACUCAUUAGAGUAGUGUGUGUGAUUAGAGAGUGUUGAGAACAUGUUAAUGCUUUUUAUCUUAACCAGACGCUGAUGUGUGACGGGAUUCGGUCUGAUUUGUCCAUCUAAACUGGAAGCAAAAAUGCUGAAUAACAUAAUCCCAUCAUUAAUGUUUAAUACACAUGUUUAUUUUACUUAUUUAUUUCAAAAAGGGACAGUGUACAUUAAUCAACAUUCAUGAGGGUAAAUGUACCCAAAUCAGCCUGAAGGCUAGUUUUCAUUAAGUAGUCCCUUUGCCAGAUGUUAUUAGGCCUAAAAACUAGAGAAAAGAAACAAAAUAGAAAAAAAUAACAACAUGAUACAAUCAAAAAUUAUAAACAGCCUUUUAGAAAAGAACAUACGAACUGUUUUUGACACGUUUAAUUUCAGAUAACACUGAUUGAGCCACGAUGUGACUUUUGCCAUAACAUCUGUUAACUUAUUUGCAACCUCUUCUGCAUUUUUACCAUGUGUGAAAAUGACUGUAUCGUCUUGCAUACAUUAUGAUAUUACAUUGUUGACACACCAAUCAUUAAUAUACAUGCUAAAGAGAACUGGGCCCAAUAUGGAGCCUUGUGGAACACCAGUUGAUUGUGGAGCAGGAUUUUGCACCAGUGAGAUAUAAGGGACAGUUCACCCAAAAAAAAUAGCAUUUGAAGAAUGUUGGAAAUCAAUCAGUUGACUUCCAUAGUAGGAAAAAAAUGUGGAAAAAUAAUAUGUCUACCGUCAACUGUCUGGUUGCCAACAUUCUUCAAAUGAACUUUUUUGGUGUUCGACAGAAGAAAGAAACUCAUUUGGGUUUAGAACAAAUUAAGGGUGAGUAAAUGAUCACAGAAUUUUCAUUUGUGGGUGAUCUAACCCUUUAAUAGAGACCAAACGAUUGAUUUUUAUCUUUUUGUUGUUGUUUUAUCAUGUUGUGCUGUGUUUGUUUGUUUUCAAUAGUGUGUCUGCAUCAACAUUUGUGUUGUUCACUUGGUUUCAGUUUUAUAUACAGUGGGCUGUAGCUCCGCCCACAGUGAAAUCUCAUUGGUCUAAAAACACUCUCCACAUAACUGUAUAUUAAACAUAAAACAUGCUCUGAUUGGCUCUGAUUGUAAAAUUACCUUUUAAAGGAUUUAAUGGGGACCUAUUGUGCCCCUUUCACAACAUGUAAUAUAAGUCUCUGGUGUCUCCAGAAUGUGUCUGUGAAGCUUCAGCUCAAAAUACCCCACAGAUCAUUUAUUAUACCAUGUUGUAAAUGCCCAUUUUUAGUGCGUGCAAAAGCAUGCUGUUUUUGUGUAUGUGCCUUUAAAUGCAAAUGAGCUGCUGCUCUCCGCCCCCCUUUCCAGAAGAGGGCAGAGCCUGUACCGCUUAUGCCCUGGAUACUGUGCCCUUUAUAACUAACAAAACAUCUGCUUGGUGUUCAUUAUCAUCUAUAUCGCUGCCACGCUCUUCAUCUUGAAAGUCUGCAUGCGUUUUGAAGCUAAAUCAGUCUAAAUUUAUCAUUUUCUGAGCGACACACCUGAAGCACGCGCACAGAAAGCUGACUGUCAGACGGCGCAUCCUGUGUACACCUCUCACGGGCCGACGGUCAUCAUGCCCACCUGGUUCUGCUCCCGCGACUGGUUCCAGACAGUCGGUCGGUUUGACGAGGGAGGAAAGGGCGUUCCUGAGGAUCUGCUCUUCUUCUACCAGAGUCUUCGUCGCGGGGGGACUGUGGUCCGAGUGGACGAGUGUUUGCUGGUUUAUCGAUAUCAUGAACAUGCGGCAACACAUUCUGUGCUGGAAGACACUAUCUGGGAUCUCCGCGUGGACUUCCUGCAGGAGCGAGUGCUCAGCCAAUGGGAAUCGUUCACUAUAUGGAACGCUGGAAAACAGGGACGGAAACUGUACCGCAGCUUGAGUCUUACCAAUCAGAAGAAGGUGAAAGCGUUCUGUGAUGUGGAUGAAAACAAAAUUCAGAAGGGCUUUUACACAUACGAGGAGUCAAAGGAGCGGCCGAAGCCCAAGAUUCCCAUCCUGCACUUUAGAAAUGCAUCGCCGCCAUUUAUCGUGUGUGUGAAGCUGGAUAUGACACAUGGAGUCCUGGAGGAAAACCUGCUGUCGCUGCAGCUGAAAGAGGGAAUCCAUUACUACCAUUUCAACUGAACACGGUGUGUGUCCGGCAGGUUUGGGCUGCGCUAGGAGAUCAAAAUAUCCUACAGGGACAGUCAAACCUCAGGUACUGUGGGACCUGCAAACAAGUAACGGACUAAUAAAGCGACUGAAUAAUGUCUUAAUUAAGAUCUAAGAAUGCAAAACCUUUUCUGUAAAGUUAGAGGCUGGAAAACAUCAUUAGCUCAGUGUGAAACUACCGAAGUUCAUCAGGACAAACUUGAUAAAUCCUUAUCUGAAUGUUUAAAAUAUAGUUUAAAGUUUGAUGGUUAUAUAGAUGCAGUAAGAAAAACAGGCAGCACUCAUGUUGAUAGCAUUGUUAUAGCAUGUUGCUAACAUAUUGUUGACUAACAUGAUAUAGGUUGUAUCAUGUUGGUAAUAAUAUACAUGCUAACGUGUUAUAGCACAUUGCUAGCAUGUUUUAACACGUCAAUAACGUAAUGCAUGUUCAAACACAUUACAGCUACUAGAGCCUGCAGUCUUUAGCCUCCUUGUUAACGCGCCCGCCUCCCACGGCAGAGACCCGGGUUCGAGGCUUGUGCAGAACAUGGCGAAUAGGACCAGAGAGGGGUUACAUUGGUGCCGUGUCCCAGAUGGGCCAGCUAGUAGGAGCUGUGCAUGUAAACUUCAUUUCCCUGGCCUCAAGAGGCGCAUUAGCGGCUGAUGCUAGAGGCUGCAGUCUUUAGCCUCCUUGUUAGUGCGUCCGACUCCCACGCCGGAGACCUGAGUUCGAGGCCUGCGCAGAGUGUUUUUGUAAUGUUUCAAGCAUGUUCAAACACAUUACUAGCAUAUUUUAACACAAUGCUAGUGUUUCUAACAUUUUUAAGCAUGAUUUUAUCAUGAUUUAGUAUGUUGUUAGCAUGUUUCUAGCAUGUUUUAACUUGUUAGCUUAUUGCUAGCUUGUUUUAACAAAUCGAUAACGUAAUUCUGCAUGUUUUGAACAUGUUCAAACUCAUUACUAGCAUAUUUUAGCACAAUGCUAGUGUUUAUAGCAUGUUUAAGCAUGAUUCUAUCAUGAUUUAGUCUGUUGUUAGCAUGCUUCUAACGUGUUUUAACACAUUGCUAGCCUGUUUUAACAAAUCGAUAAUGAAAUUGCAUGCAUGUUUUUAGCAUGUUCAAACUCAGUACAAGCAUAUUGUAACAAUGCUAGUAUAUUUCUAGCAUGUUUUAACACAUUGCUAGUAUGUUUAUAGCAUGUUGCUAAUAAUACGCUAGCAUGUUUUAGCACAUCGCUAACAAUUUUGCAUGUUUCGAGCACACAUUACUAGCAUAUUUUAGCACAAUGCUGGUGUUUUUAACAUGUUUAAGCAUGUUUCUAUCAUGACUUAGCAUGUUGUUAGCAUCCUUUUAGCAUGUUUUAACUUGUUAGCACAUUGUUAGCAUGUUUUAUCACAUGACUAGCAUAAUUUAACACAAUACUAGUAUGUUUCUAGCAUGUCUUAACAUGUUGCUAGCAUGUUUUGUCAUGCUACUGGCCUUUUAUAGCAUAUUGCUAACAUGAUUUGGGGUUUAAGCCUGGAAAAUAUCUAUAGUUUCACACUGAGCUAAUAGAGACGAUGAAAAAUCUUCGUAAUCUUAGAAAAAACAGUGUGUCAGAGCUGAGAACUGGUUCCUGCUGUCCUUCCCAAAGUUCCCAGCUUGAGAAACCUCUCACAUCCCUCUCGCACCUAAACUCAAACACACAUAGGUGUCUGUUUGCAUUCCUGAUGCCCCGUGUCACUGGAUUUCUCCAUCGUUCCCGAGUGACGCCACACUCAGAAUAAACCCUUUUCCCGCAGACAUGCUCUCAAUCUUGCUGGUCGAGUGUGCGGGAAUGGCCUGAAACUGUUGUGCAGACUUAAUCUGUUAAUCUCUCAUUUAGUCUUUUUUUUUAUUAUUUUAGUUAGCUUUUUUAUCUUAUAUUUAUAUUUUAUUUUAUUUCAGCUUUAUUUAAAUUACCAAAAAAGUAUAUUUAAUAGUUUUAGUUAGCAACAACAACACUGUUUCAGUAUUAUGCUGUUGUAUGUUAAAUCCUUGUGAUAUUAAAGAUGUAUUUUUAGAAUUUUUAAAACUCAUUUCCUCCUUUUUCUUUGUGUAUGUGUGUAUUAGCUUAUCACUUUCUGAUAACAGCCAACUUUAAUAAUUCAUGACAGUCUCUGACAGGUCUGGUUAGUUUUAUCUGUCUUCCUCUCAACAGUCGUCCAUUUUGCUUUGUGUGUGUGAGACUGGAAUGUGUGUGUUAUCUGAGGUCAGCGGCCACGUUCCUCCCUGUGUGUGUGUGUCAGGUGAUGGAGCGUGAUGUAGGUGUGCGUGUGCGUGUGAGGGGUCGGGUCAGGGGUCAUGGCCUGUAAAUGUUUAGGAUGGCGUGCAAUUGGAGGGUCAGAGCUCAGCACGAGUCAUUACACAUCUGAUCUGUAACACACACCAUCACAAAUAAACAUGUCUGUACAUAGAACUCCUGACACAACACAACACCUCAAGUUUUUACACAGAUUAUAUUUCUACUGUUUUUACGUGUCUUUAUGUGUCCAAAUUGCCUUUUUAAUUAUUUUUUUACCAUACUAAUUUGAAUAUUAGUAUGUUUUUAUUAAUCAUUUACAAUUAGUGUUAAGAAUAUAUAGCCUGAAUAUACACUGAACCAAACACUAUAAUAACAUCUUGAUAAUUCAAUAUACUUUAUUUUUGACAAAACAUCCAUGUUUCGCUCAUGACUGCAGUUUCAGUAGUGACAGUAAUGUGUUGGUAGCGACCUCAUCACAUUACAGAAUUUUAAACAUAUUAAAAUACAAAUGAUUUGCAUAACUGUACUAAAAUUUUGUUUAUUUCCCCCAAAUAAAUGAUUAUGUGUUCCCUUUUGUCACUACCAAAACAAUGAUGUCACUACCGAAACGUGGUGAAGUUUCGGUACUGACAAUUUUAGAUACUUUUGAGCCUAGCUCAAAGAUGCUAAUCAGCACAUGGUUAGCUAGCACACUUCUGAACAGUUGUACACAUAUAAAAACUACAUUUUAUUGAAUAACAAAGAUGUCACAACCGAAACUUCACCACGUGUUUCAGUCAUGACUGUUUUGGUAGUGACGAUUUUCGAUACUUUUGAGCCUAUCUUAAAGAUGCUAAUCAGCAUGGUUAGCUAACACAGUUCUUAACAGUUGUACACACACAAAAACUAAAUUUAAUGGAAUAACACCCAAAAAGGUUUGCUUAAUUGCAGAAAAAAAAGGUGUUUGGUAGUGACGUUCCUUAAAGUUACACACAGAUUUUCUCAAAAUGAUGGACCUAGUAUCUACUAUGAAAGAGAGGCUAUGAGAGGGAGGGAGGCUGCAGGACUAAUGGACUAAAACUACACUGUUUCGGUAGUGACAUGAAAAUGGGGGAAACUUUUUUUUUUUUCUUUACAUAAAGUUUCAUGAUUAAAAAAAAAAAAUAUAUAUAUAUAUAUAUAAUUUUUUUUUUUUUUUUUAACUUUUUUUUAAAAAUAUAUUUUUUAAAAACAACAACUGAAAAAAA